CUAGCGUCGCUUUGUCAAAUGGAAAAGGUUAUUAUGAGUUAUGGGUUUUGACAUUUAGUGGGGUGGCUGGCUGAUGAUGGUGGUGGUGGAAAAAAUGAGGUAAAGGAAGAAAGGUCCCACCUUACACAAAAUCUUCAAACCCAACAAAACCCCAUUACAUCAUCCUUCUCUCUUACACAGUGAUGUCCGAAUUCAGUUUCAUUUUUCUAUGGGAAAAGACCAAACUUUUCAAGUAAUCAUACUAAAUUUUCAAACUUUGGAGUUUUUCGAAUGACACAAACAAGUCACUACUCUUGGGGGCCUCCCUUUGAUUUAUGAACUGCUGCUAUGCUUUCAUUUGAUGCCUUGUCUGAUUUGGGCUUCAUCGGAUUUCUCGAAUUUCUGCAGAGGAUUCUUCAUCUUUUUCUGGGAUACAAUCGCGUACCUAAAAGGCGAUAGCAUUUCGAAUAAUGGGUUGGCUAACCAAGAUCCUCAAAGGCUCAAGCCAAAGAAUCUCGAAAGGGCAGUAUCAUGGCAAAUAUGAAGAUGAUACGAUUUGGGAAGGACCGUCUUCUUCAGCGGAUCAAUUGGCAGAUUUCGAUAGAGAAGAGCUCGAUCGAGCAAUUGCACUCUCCAUUGCGGAAGAAGAAGAAGAUGAAGAAGAAGAAGAACGAGAUGAGAAGGGGAAAAAAGUAGUAGAUAACGAGUCUGAGUUGGAUGAAGACGAACUGCUUGCUAAGGCUAUUCAAGAAAGUUGGAAUGUGGGCUCCCCACAUAGAUCACCUUCACCACAUUCGCCUCCACCUCGGUAUAAUAAUUAUGGAAGUUUAUUACCACCUUAUCCAUUACACUAUCCUUCAGGCGGACACAGAAUAUGUGGUGGUUGCAAUAGUGAAAUUGGGCAUGGGAGAUAUUUGAGUUGCAUGGGAGCCGUGUGGCAUCCGGAAUGUUUCCGUUGUCAUUCUUGCAGUCACCCGAUUUCUGAUUACGAGUUCUCCAUGUCUGAAAAUCGGCCUUUCCACAAGUCUUGCUAUAAGGACCUUCACCAUCCGAAAUGUGAUGUUUGUAAAAAUUUCAUUCCCACUAAUGCUGCUGGAUUAAUAGAGUACAGAGCGCAUCCUUUCUGGCAUCAAAAGUACUGCCCUGGACACGAACAAGAUGGCACACCUCGCUGCUGCAGCUGUGAGAGAAUGGAGCCCGUAGAUGCCAGAUAUUUGAUUCUUGAUGACGGAAGAAAACUCUGUCUGGAGUGUUUGGAUUCUUCGAUAAUGGACACGCACGAGUGCCAACCUCUUUACCUCGAAAUACAAGAGUUUUACGAGGGUUUGAACAUGAAAGUCGAGCAGCAAAUCCCGUUACUAUUGGUCGAAAGACAAGCACUGAAUGAAGCCAUGGAAGGAGAGAAAAAUGGGCAUCACCACAUGGCAGAGACGAGAGGACUUUGUCUGUCGGAGGAGCAAACCGUUAGCACAAUAUCGAGACGACCGAGAAUAGGAGGAUAUCGAAUAACAGGCAUGUUUACCGAGCCGUAUAGGCUGGUCCGCCAAUGUGAAGUAACAGCAAUCCUUAUCUUGUAUGGUCUGCCUCGGUUAUUGACAGGGUCAAUCCUGGCCCACGAGAUGAUGCAUGCAUGGCUUCGACUUAAAGGUUACCCUAAUCUGAGUUCAGAUGUUGAAGAAGGUAUAUGCCAAGUGCUGGCUCAUAUGUGGUUGGAUUCCGAGAUUCUUGCUGGCUCCGGUAGUAGUAGUAGUAAUAUGACAUCAGCGUCGACAUCAUCAUCAUCGUCGUCAUCGUCGUCAUCAUUGCCUGGAUCUUCGAAGAAGGGAAAGCGGUCUGAAUUCGAGAAAAAACUCGGAGAUUAUUUCAAACACCAGAUAGAAUCGGAUACUUCUGCAGCAUACGGAGAUGGUUUUAGAGAAGGAAAUAAGGCUGUGCUCAAAUAUGGUUUGAGGAGCACUCUCGAUCACAUUCGACUCACCGGAACCUUCCCUUGUUAGGUUGACUGCUGAUUUUUGCUCUGCUAUUGGAGAAUACGGUUUUCGUUUUUCGGUCUUUUUUUUUUUUUUCCCUUAAAGAAAGUUAUAAGCAAUAGAAUAGAAGCUGAGGCUAUAAAGAAAAUAAAAAAUAAAUGAUGUUAUUACAAUUAACAAUGUAAUAUUUCGUUUUUGAUUGUACUGUCAGAUAUACUUUUGCAUACUCGAAAGGAAAAAGAAUGUAUGAUAAUC